AAGACUUCUGAUUGGUUCUUUUAAAAUGAGUAACUAAUCAGUGUCGGCGUUGCAAAGCCAUUUAGAUUACCGUCAAAAUGGCUGAAAUACAGAAAAGACUCCAAACUGAAGUUGAAAAAUUUCAAGCUGUUCAAAAAGAUUAUCAAAAACAUGUCAACGUAAGGCAACAAUUAGAUGCCCAGAUGAAUGAAAAUUCUUUAGUGAAAGAGGAGCUAGAUCGUGUAGAAGAUGGCGCCAAUGUGUUUAAAAUGAUUGGUCCAGUCUUGGUAAAGCAGGAUUUGACAGAGGCCAAGCAGAAUGUUCAGAAAAGAAUAGACUAUAUUAAUGGAGAAAUUAAAAGACAUGAUGGUGCAAUCAAAGAUCUAGAAAAGAAGCAAGAGAGCCAGAGGGAAGCGUUAAGUAAACUCCAGCAACAGUUACAACAACAGCAGGUCAAAGCCGCCGCACGGUCGUAGUCCACUGAUACCAUUACCGUUAUAGACAUUUACCAUAAUUUAAAGAGAUAUACAAUGGAUCUUAAUUACUGCCUAAAAUUGUGAUGGAAAUUGUGUGUGCAACAUUUUACAUGUUAAAUUGUAUGGUUCAGUGCUAAGGACUAACAUGAACAAAAGUUUGAACAGUUAAUUAAAUCACCAUAUUUUUAUUGUAACAUUAAACUUAGUUCAUAUACCUAUACCAGGUAUUUUCACAUUUUACACCAACCUUUUAAAUACCUAAUUGAAAAGAAUUCCAGAAAACUUACAAGUUGCUUUUUUUUUUUUUUUACUUAUACUUUGAAAUAAUUUGGUUUCUUAAGUUAUGGAUAAUUUUAGAUUACAAGUAUUAAAAUGUGAGAUUUUUUGUAAAUUUUUCAUACAUUACAAAUAAAUAUGAAAAAUUGAUGAUA